GCCGGUUAACAUGUCGACCAAGCUGUUCUAUAUCUCCAUUCCUGCAGAACCCAAAAUCGAAGAACCCUGCUACUCAACCUCAACACGAGAUCCAAAUAAUCCGGCUGUUAGGCGCUGUUGCAGAUUACCAGGCCAUGCACCUUGAAUCAGCAAAAACAAAAAAGCCUUGCACGCCAUCUACACAGACAUCAUCCACCAGCCAAUUCAACAUCAGCUCGAAUAAAUAACAGCCUAACACUGUAUCCCAUGCUGCCCUUUUCUUUGUUGGUUUCUCUGUCAAUGUCAUUGAUCCCUGAUGGAGCUGAGGUAGCCUUGAAAUACAGAUGGCGAACUCCCCCUAUUCGGCGACCUUCCCCUAUUCUCCAAACAUUCAAUCUGAGGUGUUGCUGAAGCCUAAGGGGAGCAAACACUCGGGCUGUGACAUAAACAAGGAGACAAUCCAUUCGGGCAUCCAUACCGAUGUCCCUACCCGACGUUCUAUUUGCCUGACAAUCGAACAGAAAACCGCAUCACGACCUGAGGGCGACCUAAUGCGACCACAGGGAAGGGAGCAAGGGAACCCUCUCACGAGACAGCACUUCACCCAACCGUGCCUGACGGUCCGCCGGUUUUCGGUCAAGUCAAGUAGGCUGCCAAUAUCUCUCUAUUCUGGCAGGUUUUGCCAGGCAAUUCAUGGUCUUGAUAUCGGCUAGGGUCAGGAUCAUGUGAGACUGAGAAGGAAACGCGGGUUGUGCCGCCAAUCUUCGACGUUGUGUGGCUCACCGAAACUUCUAAGCGCCACUUGCUUGCAUUGGGAUGUGAUAAGCAACAAAAAGAGCCGCCCCAUUACAAUAUAUCCCUCCGAAGAUACAUGUGAUAGGAACGCCGAUCGGGCAAGGUGUUUUAGAUAGUGCCUAUAUUGCGCCAAAUUAUCCAUCAUUAUGACCAUC